UAAUUUAGCGAGAAGUCUAAACCCCUAAACAGAGGUAUUUUGCCAUAGCUCGAGAUCUAUGGCGCUCUUCGUCUUCCAUGGCGCGGCGCUGGCCCUGGCGCUGCUGCUCGCAUUCGCGGCGGAUUUUCCUUGCGCGGAUUCAUCGAAUGAUCAGGCUUCUUCCGGCUACAUAGUUUACAUGGGGAGCAAGCCAGAGUCGCCGCGCGGCCAUAAGCUGGCUCACUCGCACCAUCGCAUGCUUGCAUCCGUUCUUCACAGUGAGGAGGCCGCCAGGGAAUCGAUUCUAUACAGCUACACUCGCAGCUUCAAUGGAUUCUCUGCAAGGCUCAAUGCCACGCACGUUGCCGCGCUCAAAAAGAUGCCUGGCGUGCUCUCUGUCUUUCCUGACAAAAGGAACCAGCUACACACGACGCAUUCGUGGAAGUUCCUGGGCCUCGAGGACGAAAACGGUGAGAUUCCGGAAAACUCACUGUGGAGAAAAGCCAACUUUGGGAGCGGCGUUACCAUUGGGUCCCUCGAUACCGGAGUUUGGCCUGAAAGUGCCAGUUUUGAUGACAGUUCGUUUGAUCCUGUUCCAAAUACCUGGAAAGGCACCUGUGUGAAUACAAACUCCUUCAAUCCUAGCGAUUGUAACAAGAAGCUUAUCGGUGCUCGCUUCUACAUUAAAGCGUACGAGCUCAGCAAAGGCCCACUCAACACAACAGCCACUGGCGACUUUCGCUCUCCAAGAGACAAAGAUGGCCAUGGAACACACACCUCCUCGACUGCCAGUGGACGUUUCGUAGAGGGAGCAAACAUACUCGGUUUUGCAAACGGGACGGCCAAAGGAGGUGCGUCCAAAGCCAGGCUAGCGGUCUACAAAGUCUGCUGGCCGGGAGGCUGUUGGGAGGCGGACAUUCUCGCUGCCAUGGACGACGCAAUUGCAGACGGAGUGGACAUCCUCACACUCUCGAUUGGAGGCAAGGUUCCACUACCGGACUUUUUCCAGGACGGAAUUGCCUUGGGAGCGUUUCACGCUAUUCAGAAAGGGAUAACUGUUGUUUGCUCCGCUGGAAAUGAUGGUCCGAAAGUUGGCAGUGUUGUGAACCUUCCUCCCUGGAUUCUGACGGUCGCAGCUAGCAGCAUCGACCGGAGUUUCAGUGCAUCAGUUAUUCUCGGCAACAACAAGACAUACUUGGGGAGUAGCUUGUCCGAAUUUAAACUGGAAGAUCGGCUAUACCCGAUCGUGGCUUCAUCUGACGUUGGCUACAGAUCCUCGAUAGGCAGUCUGUUGUGCACUGUUGGAUCCCUGGAUCCAAAGAAAACUGAAGGCAAAAUAGUGGUUUGCCUGCGGGGUGUGACAACUCGUCUUUCCAAAGGCACCGCGGUGAAGCAAGCUGGUGGAGCUGGCUUGGUUCUAGCCAAUUCCGACGCAGAUGGCGGAGAGCUCAUUGCAGAUCCACACGUCCUGCCUGCGACAAAUGUUGAUGCCCAAAGUGGUAAAGAAAUAUACGCCUACUUGAAGAACACAAAAUCAUCUGUUGGAUAUAUCACACCCGCAAAAACCUUACUCGGCGUGGAGCCAUCCCCGAAGAUGGCUUCUUUCUCAUCACAAGGUCCCAACACUCUCACUCCAGACAUCCUGAAGCCUGACAUAACAGGUCCCGGAAUGAACAUACUCGCAGCCUUCACUCGAGCUACAGCACCUGCGGGAGACGGCCGGCUCGUAGAGUUCAACGUCGAAUCCGGAACAUCGAUGUCCUGUCCUCACUUAGCCGGCAUCGUAGCGCUUCUCAAGGCCUUGCAUCCGGAUUGGAGCCCAGCGGCCAUCAAGUCGGCCAUCAUGACAACAGCUAUAACUUACGACAACACCGGGAACAAGAUCCUGGAUGGUAGCAACAAAGUCGCAGGGCCUUUCAACUACGGCGCGGGUCAUGUAAAUGUCAAUGCCGCGGCAGACCCGGGACUCGUCUACGACGCAGCCAUCGAGGACUACAUCUUCUUCCUGUGCGGCCUCGGAUACAGCAGCGUCGCCAUGGAAACCCUCACCGGCUACGAAGUCCACUGCCCCGACGCCAAGCUCAGCUUGAGCGACUUUAACUAUCCAUCGGUGACACUGUCCAACUUGAAAGGGAGUACCACCGUAACCAGAACCGUGACAAACGUCGGUGGUGACGGCCAAGCGGAAUACAAAGUAGCCAUCAAUCCUCCCCCUGGAGUUUCAGUGUCAAUCACGCCUUCCAUUCUCAAGUUCUCCAGCACCGGCGAGAAGAAGUCUUUCACUCUGACGUUCACCGCCGAGAGAUCCUCCAAGGGCGCAUACGUUUUCGGGGACUUUAGCUGGAGCGACGGCAAGCACCAAGUGAGAAGUCCCAUCGCCGUCAAGGCCACCGCCACCUCCGGCAUCCAAGACGUCCAACUCCCGGAGCUCUCGGCCGCCAUCUAAAACUGUACAACUAUGAUACAAUGAUAAGUUAUCUACAGGGUGCUCUUACCAGAAGGAAGAAAAAAACAGUCGAUGGAAUUCUAGCU